UCUGAUUUUCUCAGUAAAAAAACUCUUUUUCUAGUAAUGGCCAUGGGUUCUUCUCCUUCAUCAUCUUCUUCUACCAUUCUUACUACUAUUAGUAGUAACAACACAAAAGAUGAAAACUUUUUUAUUUUGCAUAUGUUUUCUUCUCUCUCUACUAGACUUUUCAACAACAACACGAACACCAACUAGUUACAAACCUUUACAGCUUAUUAUUAAAUCUCUCCUCCUCCUAUAAACUCAUUUUCAGUAUUAUUAUUAACAUUAUCGUAUACUACUAACAUUUCUCUUACGCAAAUUCCUCAUCUUACAAUUCCUAUUUGUUGACUUCUUCUUCAUUCAUGAUGGGUCAAUGUUUUUUUUCUCAAUUAUGAAGAAUUGGAGAAAAUUUUGAACAACAAGAAGAAAAGAUUUGAUCAUAUGCUCUUUUAAGGGUACCAAGCAGUGAUCUUAAAUUUUAAGAUAGAAAAUAAGCAAUAGUUUUUGGGGUUACAUUGGGAUUACAGGAUAGCAGCAGCACGAGUUAGAUGAGUUAAAUGAUUUGGAAGAAAAGAUCUGACUAAAUGAGAGGGGGCUUAUUGCACCUCUUCGACUUUCAUCAUUCCAGCACUUCACGGAAGUUACAGAGACAAAAAGUGAAUACAGAUGGGUUGGAAGCUCCUCGAAAUAGCUUGGAGUUGUCAAUUGAAGAAGCAUCACAAUGCUACAGUUGUUUUGGCGAGAACAAACCCUAUGCAUUCCAUGCCAUAACAAACUCCUCUAAACACACCUCAUCUACAAUUGAUGAAGAUCCAGUAAGGGAGAUGCUCCAGGAGGAGAUGUCCAAAGAGCUAAACACCAAACGCAACGUUCCAAACGUUGUGGCUCGUUUGAUGGGUAUGGAUACAAUACCAACUGAAACAAAAUCAGCAACCAGUAUACAGGAGAAGAAAGCUGAGAUUAUAGCGCCAAAUUUACCAAGAAAGGAGCCUAAUGGUUCAAUUCGCCAUAGUCCUCUUGGCUUAAAAUCAUCCAAGGCAGAGCACAGUGUACAUUAUCCAAGUCCAGAGCGGGAUUCUCGAAAGUCCAGAAGAGGCAGAAAGUCAAAAAAGCCCCAGCCUAGAGAACAUCCUCAAGAGGAGGAACUACAGAAAUUCAAAAAAGAUUUUGAAGCAUGGCAAGCGGCAAGGGUAUGGGAAAAUACAAAGAUUGUUGAUCUUGGUAACAUUCCUAGACGAUGGCUUGCCCAAGAACACCUCAACAAGGAAAAGAUGGCUCUCUAUGCAGAUAUUAAUCGAACUAAAGCAAAUGAUCAGAAACCUAAAGAAAUCAAAGCUCAGAAGUUGAAGCCAGAUCUUAAAUCACUGUCACAACAGGAAAGUUUUUCACGAUCUGGUAGGAAGGACAUGUUUCAAGAUAUCCAAAAUGAAUGUUUUAUGAAAACAAGCCCAAAGGAGGACACUGUUUCACAGUCUGGUAGGAAGGAUCUGUUUGAGGCAUACCAAAAUGAAUGGUUCACUUCGAGAAGCGGAAGUACUGAAUUUGAGCAAGUCGCCUUAAUGAAUGAGGCUGACAAACAAGAAAAGUCCGACAUACCUACGAGAAUAGUUAUCUUGAAACCAGGCCAUGAUAGGGUUGCAGCGAGUGAAGAUUCUUGGACUGGUUCAUCUGAAAUUGUGGAAGAGGAAGGCAGUAUUAAAGAUUUUCUUGAGGAGGUAAAAGAGAGACUGAGAUUUGAAAUGCAAGGGAAGAGUACAAAAAGGGACAAUGCUAGAGGUGGUGGGAUUGAAACACCUUUCAGUGAAAAGCCAUCCAACCCAAGACAAAUUGCUCGUCAGAUUGCGAAGCAAGUGAGAGAAAGUGUUACAAGAGACAUGGGAGUGAACUUACUACGAUCUGAAUCGUUCAGAUCGUAUGCAAGUGAAAUUCAGGUAAGUGAACCAGAUUCACCAGAUUUCAACAGCAGAGAAACUGCAAAAUUCUUGUCAGAGAGGCUGAGGAAUGUCCUAAAGUCAGAUCCAGUUGGGGACAUGUCGCCUGUGGUCGGUGGAAGCUCAAGAGCUUCCCCCUUGGUUGAUUAUGAUGAGAGAAGACCGAGACCCACAGGUAACAUUUUGAAGACAGUUAACCGGGGGAACUACUGGGAACAUGUCAAAGAUGAGCUUGAAAUGCAAAGCAGGUCUUUCAGAUAUGGGAAUGACUAUGACGACGGACUUCACAUGGGAGAAAACUCUCCUAGGAACCUGGUCAGGUCUAUGUCAGCCCCAUCAGGAUCUUCAUUCGGAAAGCUUCUCUUGGAGGAUAGACAGAUUUUAACAGGGGCUCACAUUAGGAGGAAGCACGAAAUUAAUGGAAAUUUUUCAGCUGAAGUGAGUAAAACCAGGAAAGAGAAGCUUAGUUUCAGAGGGAAGGUUUCAAGUUUAAGACAUAGUUUAAGUUUUAAAGGCAGACUGUUUGGCCGAAAGAUGCAAUCUGUGGAAGAUAUGGAGAGCGUGGAUUCUAAUUCUGUGAAGGAUGAUAGCAUGUGUGGAUCAAGUUCUCUGAUGAACCUUGAAAAUGUUCUGGAUAAUUCAACUGAGGUACCUCCGAGUCCAGCUUCAUUUUGUAGCACUCUUCGCGAUGAUUACUAUAGGAAUAAGUGGGACCACUCCAGCCCUGUUUCUACCCUAGAUGUCCCUUCAAUAGAAGACCCUCAUACAGUGUCGGACAUUUUCAGAGAUAUCAGCUCCAACCUUACUGAACUCAGAAGGCAGUUGAAUAAGCUAGGUGUUGACGGUUCUGAAUGCACAUCGAUUCAAGAACCCCGAGAGCCUGAGAUGGUUCAUUUAGAAGACCAUGCAGAAGUUUACAUAAGAGACGUCCUCGUUAUUUCUGGUUUAUACGAUGGAUCCUCCCAAUGGUCUUUCACAAGAUGGGACCCCCUUGCAAAGCCGAUCAGCAGUUGGGUCUUUGAGAAGGUAGAAGAAUCAUAUGAAAAAAGAGCUGACGAGACAGAUACAACUGAAGAUCAUACCGGGAUGAGUAGGAUGGAUCACAAGGUAUUGUUUGACUUAAUUAAUGAAGCUUUGUCAACCAUACUUGGACCUUCACUAACCAUGUCAAAAUUUAAGAGGAAACUUAUGGGUUCGACAAAAAUGCCUCCUCCUCGUGGGAAGAAAUUGUUGGAUGUUGUUUGGAAGACAGUUUUCAUGUAUUUAUAUCCUGACUCUGAUGGUUAUUAUUAUUAUUACUCACUAGACGGCAUGAUUGCCCGUGAUCUUGGAAGAAACCCUUGGUUGGGUAGUAUGGAUGAAGAUAUAGAAUUAGUCGGAAGGGAAAUGGAGAACUGGAUUCUUCGUGAAUUGAUUGGAGAAACUGUGAAAGAUUUGUUGUAGAUUAAUUAGUAGUAUAUGUUGUAUGUUGGCAUUGUAUAUUAGGAGGGAUACAUACAGAGUUAGUAGUAUAUGCCAGGUUAUAUUGUUGAUAGAGGGAUUAAACUUUAUACAGGUCUUGUAAUUUUUUUCUCGCGUUAACCAUUUUAACUUCGGAAUUAGGAUUUGUAUCACACUUACUUCAUAGGAUUUUCUUUGCCGAUGAUUCUUUUUUAUUCA